UACAUAUAUUUAUGUUAGAUGGGCCCUGGCAAUCCAUAUUUCUACACCCACCUUAUAUUCCUUUGUUUGCUAAUAAUUAUUUUGGAAUUUGUUAAUUUCAGGCUUUUCUUCUGCUUCACUACAAGUACCAUUGUCGCCACCUUUUCUUUCUUCAAGAUCUUGAGUGUACUCUAUAUUUCUAUGCCACUGUCAGUCCCCAAUUUCUUGCAAGUCCCUGUAUUUUUCACUCCUCUCUCUUUGUUCUCAGGUUUAUGUUAAGUUCGAGUUGCAGCACACUAUGGCAAAAAAGGGUUCCGGUGAUUGGUUUAAGACAAUAAUUAGCUUGAAGAAGGUGAAGGAUAAUAGUUCAAACAAAGGGAAGGGGUCUUCAGCUUCUGCUAAAUCAAAUGGCUUCAAGUGGAAGAAUCGACUACGCAAAGAGUCUGUUAGCAGGGACAAUCAAAGAGAUCUUGACAUUCCAAUUGAAGACUUGGCCGCCACCAAGAUUCAAACUGCGUUCAGGGCCUAUAAGGCAAGAAAAAGUUUACGCCGUUUGAAAGGAGCUGUGAGAUUACAGAACCUGACCCAGAAUUACACUGUUAAGAAACAAGCCACUACAACAUUGUACCGUCUUCAUUCAUGGAGCAAAAUACAGGCAGAAAUUAAAUCCCGUAGACAAUGCAUGGUGACAGAUGGCAGAAUUAGACAGAAGAGAUUAGAGAAUCAAUUAAAACUUGAGGCAAGGCUGCAUGAUCUAGAGUUAGAAUGGUCCGGCGGAUCUGAAACAAUGGAAGAAACUCUUUCAAGAAUACAUCAGAGGGAAGAAGCAGCUAUCAAGAGAGAACGAGCAAUGGCAUACGCCUUUUCUCAUCAGUGGAGAGCCAACUCGAGUCAGUACCUCGGGCUGGUUAACUAUGAAUUCGGCAAAGAAAAUUGGGGCUGGAGCUGGACAGAAAGCUGGAUUGCUGCUCGUCCAUGGGAAACUCGAGUCCUUACUAACUCCGCAAGUCCGAAAAAAGUACAGAAAAAGCAAGCAAACAAAGGCGCGAAAAACACUAACUCACCAACUGCAACUAAAACACCAGUUUCAUCUAAACAAUGUUUGUCCAAUGGCAAAGGAACUACGAUGGCUCGAAGAUUGUCGUUUCCGCCAGCCGAAAAAGCAGCUCAACUCGGAAGCAUUAAAACUGAAGAAGCAAACUCUAAAGGUGAACAAUUAGUGUCUUAAAUUUCAGCCAGUUCCGUUCCACAUAAGAAAAGUUAUGUUAUACAUGUCCAAUUUUUUUCAUUGUGUACAAGGGAGUGGUGUUAUGAUAUAGAUAUUCUUUAGUCUGCAGUUCAGAACAAUAAAACAGGCCUGGAUUUUUGGAACUGAACUGAUCAGCUUUCUUUUGUUCUUUAAAUUUUUUUUUGUCCUGAUUUAUAUUAUUUUGAGCAUUUACUUGUAUUUAAAAUGUAAAUAUACAGCAUUUUCUUGGAGUGAAAUUUGGAUAAACUUGGACCUGAGGUUCCUGCAUCA